UACAAAAGCAAUGACAGAAAAGACGACUCCACCGACAACUACUACGAAAGCAACGACCACAACUACAAAGACAACUACACCUAGGACAACCACAACUACACUGACUCCGAUGUGGAAGAAACUGCUGCUCUGCUCAUUCGAGGCCACGCUCAGCCCAAACCUCACGUUCCCCGAGGACGGCCUGUGCGACAUCAGCUUCUUCCAGGCGCUGGAGGGCAAUCACACCUUCCUGAAGGGUAAAGGCGGAGAGUACGACGCGGCGUUGGACGCCUUCCUGGCGAACGCAGCCAAGCAGAACAAGAGCGAGCACGGGGUCGGCCUCGACUACUAUUACAACGGAGCCACAUUGAAGGUCUUGAAAGAGCCCGUAGCAACAAAGACAAUUCAAGAACUUUGGGAAAAGAAAAUCUACCACUGGGCUUACCUCAAUCCUGAGGUGUACGAUCUGAAAGUUGAGAACAUCACGCAUCUGUUUGAGAUCUUGAAGGACAUCAAGUGGAAGAUCGACCUGACGAUAAAACCCAAUCGCCCGCACUACGUCAUCUACACCGGAUCCCUCACUUCGGCUUUCAGGACGCACAUUGAGACAAACGCGAUAAAGGAUGUUAUGUGGAUAGACGGCCUGGGGAUAACCACGCACUUCGUUGAAGACGACCGCCGAUGGAUCAGCGGACUGAUGAUGCCGCCUACCUUUUGGGCGAGACCGAACGAGACGGACACGGCAGUGUACAGUUACUACAUGUCGAGUGCGCACAAGAACCUUCGAAAGGCUGCCGACGAUGAGUUGAACCAUACUGCAUUCUACUUUACCGCAACCAUGGUGGCCAAGCAAUACGUACCGGAAAAAGCUUACGCCUACAUGAAUCCGAUGGCGCCUACCCUCGUACCGUUCUUCGUCGACAUCAUGGCCUAUUGCAAGAACGCCAAGUAUACAUACGGCUUCACGGAGAAAGGUGUCAUUGGCUCCUUCUACAUGAGCAAGGAGGAAAAUAGAUUCAUCAGUUUCGACGACUCGAAGGCGCUGGCUAAGAAGUUUUGCAAAGGCAAAGUCGACCUGAUUGACAUCGGCUACGGCUUCCUCGCGUACAACGUCGAAAGUGAUGACCCCACCAACGUGUGCGGCAAAGGUGCCUACUAUCGAGUGAAGUUCCUGAGAAGGCUCGCCGAGUUCUUCCGCGACCAGUUCAUUUCGCCCGACAGUUUGAAAGAGUGCGUGAAGCUGAUGUAA